UUUGGCGUUGUUCUGUUUCGCACGUGUAUCACAUGAUGAAUGUACGAUAGUAAUUGUUAAAAUAAUUGUAAUACAAUAAUCGUGAUUUGUUUUCAUAGAUAGGUUUUCAUAAAUAAUAACACAAAAUGCAGCACGACGACGUUGUGUGGAGUGUUAUUAAUAAAUCAUUUUGUUCUUUCAAAGUAAAUACAAAAACUCAGAGAUUUUGUAGAAAUGAGUACAAUCUUACAGGUUUAUGCAGUAGAGCUGCAUGUCCUCUCGCUAAUAGUCAAUAUGCUACAAUUAGAGAGGAAAAUGGUAUUAUAUAUCUUUUUGUGAGAACAGCAGAAAGAAUACAUACACCUAAAAGCAGUUGGGAAAAAGUCAAGUUGUCCAGGAACUUUGAAAAGGCAGUACAUCAAAUUAAUGAAAAUCUGCUUUACUGGCCUGGUUUCAUAAAGGCAAAAUGUAAGCAAAGAUUUAUUAAGAUCACACAAUAUCUUAUUCGCACGAGAAAACUCAAACUAAGACGGCAAAAGAAGAUUGUGCCACUUCAGAGAAAGAUUGAAAGAAGAGAAACACGCAGAGAAGAAAAGGCCCUGAUUGCUGCUAGAUUAGAAAGUACAAUUGAAAAAAAACUUAUGGAGAGAUUGAAGGAAGGAAUGUACGAAGGUAUUUACAAUUUCCCACAACAAGUGUUUGAGAAGGCUGUGGAAGCUGUUCAAGUUGAUGAGGAAAGUGAAGCAGAAAAUGAACAGGAGGAAGAGCAAGAAAUAGAGAUUGAGAAGGAGGUGGAAAUGGAAUUAGAAGCGGAUGAAAGAGAAAUUGAGGAAUAUGGUCCAAAAUAUGUUGAAGCUGAAAGCGAUGAUGAUGAUUAUGAAGAUGACGAUGACGAUGAUGAUAUUGAAGAGCUUUCUAUGGAUGAAGAUAGUGACUCUGGACAGAAGGAAGAAGUUGAGUUAUCGGAUAACUUUGAAUCUGAAGCUAGUGAUAUAGAGGAUUUAAUCAAACCAUCCACGAGCAAGAAGACAAAAACAGCGAAAGUUGUUAAGAAAAGAAAGGUACAAAGAAAAUCACGACCAAGAGUGGAAAUCGAGUACGAAAUAGAAGAAGAAAGCAGUCGGCAAAGAGAACGAGUGUAGCAAAUUUUUAUUAUAUAAAUAUUAUAUUUACCCUUCAUAAUAAAACCAGUUUCACAAUCAA